CCCAUUAUCACCUGUCUAACGCUGAACUCAAGCUGUACAUCGCUUUAGGGUUUGGUUGCAGUAUCAGAAGCCCCCGAUGUAUAUUUACGCCAAAUGAUUCCAUCACAGUUUCUUCUCCAAACGCUGCGUUUCUGUUGAUCUUUGAGUUCAAGGAUUGCUGAAAUGGAAGACACCCAAGAAAAAGAUGGCAAGCCACCUGAAGAAUUUCCAGAAGACACACAUGAAAUGAAAAGGGAAACACUUGAUGAAAUGCUUUCCAGGCACAGGAAAGAGAUAUCCCAGCUGCAGAACAAGGAAGUUGCAAUGAAAAAGGCAGCUGCCAAAGGAAGCAAGGCUGAACAGAAAGCUAAGAAGAAGCAGGUGGAGGAUGAGAUCUCCCAACUUUCCUCUGAUCUCAAAGAAAAACAGGCAGCAGAGCUGGCUUCAAUAGGCUAUAGUAGUGGCAGUGGAAAGGAGAAAUCCAAUCUUGACAAUUUGGUGAAAGCUAUAGCAGGAGUUUCUGUUACCAGCCAAGCUGAGCAUUCAAGACCCAGCAAGAGUGCCAAGAGGCGUGAGAAAAGAGCUCAACAAGAAGCAGCAAGAGAGCAAAGGAUCCAGGAAGAGCAGAGCAAUAUUGUUAGUGAUCGAAUGAUUGAAAAUGAAAUAUUGGAAAUGAAGCUUGAACCCCUUGGAUUGACUGUGAAUGACAUAAAGCCAGAUGGGCACUGCCUCUAUCGAGCAGUUGAGGAUCAGCUGGCCCUUCUCUCAGGAGGUUCUUCUCCUUACACGUAUCAAGAGCUUCGGGAAAUGGUGGCUGCUUAUAUGAGAAAACAUGCAUCUGAUUUCCUCCCAUUUUUCCUGUCAGAGACUGAAGGAGACUCUGAUAUUUCACUUGCAGAGAGGUUUGAGAAUUACUGCAAAGAAAUUGAAUCAACAGCAGCGUGGGGAGGACAACUAGAACUGGGUGCCCUAACUCACUGUCUGAAAAAACACAUUAUGAUAUUUUCAGGAUCAUUCCCUGAUGUGGAGAUGGGGAAGGAAUAUAAAUCUGACGUUGGGAGGACUGAUACAUCCAACCAGAGCAUUAUGCUGUCAUACCACAAGCAUGCCUUCGGACUCGGCGAGCAUUACAAUUCUGUGAUCCCUGGCUUGGUGAGAUAGGUACCAUUAUUCAUAUGUGAAAAGAUACAUUAGGUGUGCAAAUUAUUUUUAUUUUGUGUAUUAUCUCUGUGAGAGCAUAACCCAUAUUCGAGCCUUCGAAUUAAAAACAUAGAACUACAGUUUUGUUAUCUCAUCAAACUGGUUAAACAUUUUUAUCUCCAAUUAUUAGCCAGCAUGAUCGCUGCAUCCAGAUUCUACCCAUUUUAUUUAAACCUGUUUCAGGUCUUCCCUUUAGUAUGUAAAAGUGCUGAAUUAUAAUGAAAAGGAGCUAGGAUUGGCUUUUUACUA